AUGACGGGCGAGAGAUCACAAGACAAAAUGAGUUCAAAAUCUCAUCGAUCACGAAAAUCCUCUUCGAUAUCACGAAAGCUUCUAGCUGCUAGUCUCUGUCUUGCUAUGCUUCCUAUUGCUGAGGCUCAUACAUACUAUCGAAAUAGAGCUACCUGGAAACCAAAUUGGGAUCCUAAUAGACCUGUUCGAAAAGGACCUCCUAAAAAGAGAGAUGGAGGAAUACCAUUAGUGGUUAGCAAUAUGUGUCCUGAGACAAUAUGGCCUGGAAUCGGUACUCAAGCAGGAACUGGUGCUGGAGUAGGAGGUUUCGCCCUUCAAACGGGAGAGAGUAAAUCUUUGACCGUCAGUGCAGAUUGGCAAGGAAGAGUCUGGGGACGCACCAAUUGUAGUUUCGCUGUUGGAGGAAAUGGAGCUAGUAAUGCUGCUGGAAAUGAUGGUUCUGGUGCUGCUUGUACUACUGGUGAUUGUGGCGGUUUAUUGGACUGUGCUAUUACUGGCGAAACUCCUGUCACUCUAGCGGAGUUUGAUCUAGCAGGGAAUGGAGGUGAACAAACUUUUUAUGAUAUCUCUCUAGUAGACGGCUAUAACAUCCCUUUGGGAAUCGUCUAUAUUCCUGGUGACAAUCCUGUACUUCAGGCCAUUCCACCAAACCUUGUAAAUGCUGCUUGUAUUGCUUCAACCGGUUAUCUCGCACCCAUAGCAAGCACAGGUACAAAUGGUAACUCCUCAAACUCUACCUAUCCUAUUCCUUUGGAGGAUACCGUGGACAACACAGCAGCUAUGAGUUGGUGUCCAUGGAAUCUUCAAAAAACACCACCCACCAAACCAGGUGAUGGCGUUUACCCUUACCCAGACGACAAUAUCCAACGACCAACAUUCGAUCCCUGUUUCUCGGCCUGCGCCAAAAAUAACCGCGCAUCAGAUUGCUGCACCGGUGCUUACGAUGAACCUAAUCUAUGUCCUCGCAAUGAAUUUGCCAACGCCGCAAAUAAAAUUUGUCCAGAUGCAUACGGAUAUCCUUUCGAUGAUCAAACUUCUACAUUCAUCAUUCCCACGGGUGGUGGUUGGGAAAUCGUCUUUUGUCCUGAAGGAAGAAGUACGAAUAUUCUCAAGGUGUUGGGGGAUGAGAUGAGGAAAAUUGCUAGUACGGGGAAGGUUACGAAGGAUAUUACAGAGUUGGCGAUGAAUGAGACGUAUAUUAGUGAGAUGGCGGUGAAGAGUUUGGCGGAAUUGAAACUUAUAUACCUCUCUCUCUCUAUCUCUCGUUCUCUCUCUAGACUUUUAGAAAGUUUGAAGUCGUAUGAUUGUAGGUUGCAGGAUGUAGGAUGUAAUUUUUUAGUCGUAGAGUGGUGGUUGGCUAGGAGGGAGGAGAGGGGGAAGGGAGAGAGGAAGGGAGAGAAGAUGGAGAUGUAG